CGUACCUGCGUAUACGCUUUCUGACCACAAUGCUUUUGUGAUAUGCACAAAAGGCGGCCGCGUGUUUGUCUGCUUUGCAUACUUUGGCGGGUUUGGGAAAGUUUACCCUCUCCCCCGCCGGAAUCUGGUUGCACGGAACAAUGAGAGCUUCCGUCGUCGGCCCGGUGUUUGCUUUGGAGAUAAGGAGGCCGCGGAUCAGACGUCCGUCAUCGCACGAUCGACAAGAAUGUGUCCACAGCGGAGAUUGGAGACCUGAUAGAAUUUGUCCACCCGUGGUUGGGGGUGUCGCUCUGGGGAGUUUACAUGGGACAAGGUCAUGUGAUUCAUUUUGGAGUGGGAGACGAGAACAUGACUCAGAAAGCGUGCCGCAGCCUCGUCCAGCAAAUGCUGCCCAGGUGGAAAGGCGUUCUGAAGAAGACCGCCGUCACCUCUCAGCCCAUCUCCGACAUCAGAGUGCCCGCGGGGACCCGCGUCAGGGUCAACAACGACAAGCACCGCCUGGUUCCGUCCAUCACGGAGCAGAUGAUGCACCGCUGUCACACGUUCCUGCACCAGCAGUUCAAAUACGACCUGAUUAACUUCAACAGCGAGCAUUUCGCCACGUUUGUCCGCUACGGGCGAGCCGUGUGCACGCAGAUUCCUUUUCAGAAACUGAAUGGCGACCACUUUGACACGACCGAAACUCUUGAACUGAUAAUGCGCCAGCGAAUGGAGACAGAAACCUAAGCCUGCUAACGUCUGCUUAUUUCUCAUCCUAAUAAGCGCCACGAAAACCCCGUACUCCGCGAGAGCGCUUCGAGUAUGCGCUCGCGGUAAAGGACAUACUUUGUCGGUCCUCCAAAAUCCCAAUAAAGGCGGACAAAACUUUGCGACAAAGCGGCUCGGGAAACUUUGUGUGUCGUCUGGUUUAUUAAGACUUGUGGAAUGUCGAUAAGAACAUCUCUAUACAGUGGAAGGGCGGAGGAGGCCCUUGCGCAGACAGUGACCUUCUGCUAUUCUCCUCCUUGAUAAUGACCC